UAAUGCCAUCAACUAAAAAUAGCAACAAAAAUGCCAGCCUUCCCCAAAUAUCCAUUUUUCUCCUUAUUUUAAAUUUUUUAAUUUUUUCCUCCAUCUUUCCCCUUCUAAAAGCUAAUAGACAAACAAAAAUGGCAGAUUGGCUUUCCAACAAAAAUGUUUUUAAUAAUGAGGAAGCUGAUAAUGUUGAGGAACAGCCUUCUAACCCUUCCACCAAUUCUUUUAUCGAAGACUUUAUUAAACCCAUUAUUGGCCCCAUUCGUUCCGCUGCAAUCCCCUCACGUCCAAAUAUUCUUGUUUUGAUGGUGGACGAUUUAGGCUAUGGGGACCUACAAAGUUAUGGCAACCCAACACAAGAAUGGACACCUGUGGAUGAUUUAAUGGCCGAGGGUGUAAGGUUUACUAAUGCUUAUGCAGCUGAUUCUAUGUGUAGUCCGAGUAGAGCUGGGUUUAUGACUGGUUAGUUUUUGAGGGGAUUUUUUUAGUAACAAUUUGAAGGAGGAUAUAUUUGAAUAUUUUUUUAUCCCUUCCCUC